AUGGCGCCUAGGGCUGCUCCGGCGCUGCGGGUGCUCCCGCUGGCGCUCGCAGCGGCCAUCUUCUCGGGGCUCACCGCCAUACUCAUCUACCUCUCCGGCAUCUCCUCCUCACAUGGCGGCGCUCGGCUCUCGGAGGCGGACCUGGCAGCGCUCGCCGCGCUGCGGGGCAGCUUCAGCAAGUGCGUGGAUGCAAAUGGGCUAGGACUGAAAGCGGUGACUGGGGAGGACUACUGUCGAGUUGUGAUACAAUACCCAAGUGACACAGUUUCUAAGUGGAGAGAUCCAAUCACCCAUAAGGUUGAAGGUCUGUCGUUUGAGUUCAAUCUGUGCGAAGCUGUAGUCUCAUGGGAGCAGGUCCGAAACAGUACAACAGUACUCACAAAGGAGUACAUUGAUGCUUUGCCAAAUGGCUGGGAGGAGUAUGCAUGGAGAAGGAUCAACAAAGGAAUCCUUCUGAAUAAGUGCCAGAACAGAAGCCUUUGCAUGGAAAAGCUCUCACUAGUUCUACCUGAGACAUCUCCAUAUGUUCCUCACCAAUUUGGUAGAUGUGCUGUUGUUGGGAACUCAGGUGAUCUUCUUAAAACUAAAUUUGGGGAUGAAAUUGAUUCUUAUGAUGCCGUCUUCAGAGAAAAUGGUGCACCCACCCAGAAUUACACUGAAUAUGUUGGUACAAAGAGUACAUUUCGCCUUCUGAAUAGAGGAUCUGCAAAGGCACUAGAUAAAGUUGUUGAGUUAGAUGCUAAAGGAACAGGGCUUAAAGCUCUUGAAUUCGCCCUUUCCAUCUGUGACAGUGUUGAUAUGUAUGGCUUCACAGUAGACCCAGGUUACAAGGAAUGGACAAGGUACUUUUCAGAGGUCAGAAAGGGACACACUCCACUACAUGGUAGAGCAUAUUAUCAGAUGAUGGAAUGUCUUGGUCUGGUAAAAAUCCAUUCACCGAUGCGAGGUGAUCCUGGCAGGACAGUGAAGUGGCUGCCUACCAGGGCUACCAUCGAGGCUGCCAGAGUUGCUUCUGAGAAGUUGUUGAAGAGACCUGGGGCUGGAAGUAAUAGCCCUCUGGGGACUUGCACCAUGAUAAAGAAGCGCAGGAAAGGGAAGGAACCAAACAGAUCUGGUCUACGAGAUGCUGCCAUGAAGCACCUCGAGGACAUGAAAGGUGCCACCAGGUAUCCCCUGGAGCGGAAUGCAGGGGGUGGGUACCUCUGCAUGAUCAAUGAUAGAUAG